CCGAGUUAAGCAAGGAGCUCUAUCAGGCCGCAAUCUGCAUGUAGGAGAGGAUCCGCGCGUUGCAGUCCGCCGGUUGGAUCGGCAAUAAAGGGGAAUCGAUGGAGCCCCAGAGCAAGAUUCGCGACGAGGACGACGAGAUGGAAACCGGAGGGGAGCUUUCGACGGGAAGGAGCAGCGGCGAGUCCCUGCAUCUUGCCGCCGCAGUCGAGACCGAGUGGAGGACCACCGGCGACUCCGACGAGAACUCGGUGUUCAUCCUGGAGGAGACCGUGCACAGAUUGGUUAGCGACAUCAUGCCGGAAUUCGAAGCAAAGGUCGGCGACGUCGCUUCAGUGCUCGAAGCAGAGGAGACCCGGAAAGAGGCACUGGCGGCGCUGAGCUUCGGCUUCAGACUGCAGUUGUUCUCCAAGCAGAUCGACGAGCUGCGGCACGAGAUGUGCAAGUUGCUGAGAUCGUUCUCGCCGGAAAACAAAGAUAUAAGGAGCACCAUGAUCAAGUUUAUCUCCGAGCCGUACCUAGGCCGUAUCUGCAAAUUGCAGUGGAUCUCUGAACGUGUCAGUAUGCUCCAGCGAAUGGACCCAGACUUCGACUCCAAAGUGAAGUCAACAAUCAUCAAGCUGAAAUCGGAAUCCUUCUUGUUAGCCAUGGAGGAGUUGAAGGAGGAGGAGGAGGAGGAGAGCGGUAGUGAAGGAAUCGCCGGAGAAGGUCGUGGAGACCAAGAAGUUUCCAUGGAGAUGGAGGAGAAGAGAUUCGCUUCCUACCGCCGCUGCUGGGAACGUUUAUGGGGCAAUGACCGCAGCUUCGAAGACCAGACAUUAUUGAGCCCCAUGCUCUUUACACAUUGCACAGCAAGCCGCAUCCCGAGUGAAGCUGUCGCCGGGAGUACCUUGCAGAUCCACUCCAUCAAAAUCUCAACAGCAAAAGAGCUCACAUUGCCACUGGAGGUGUAUGGAGUGGUCGCAGUCCGAGAUGCUGUGGACCGUCAUCGCAACCCUCUAUUUCUUCGUUCAAGAACACAUUGCCAAAUCCUUGAAGAAAAUGAUUCAUUUUUGCGCUUGAUUGGCCCGGUUCGUGCAAUUGUGUCGACGGAUACUGUUUACAUCGAAAUCCAACUAAAAGUAAAGGGCGCAACAAAAUCUGAAGAUACAACAUUGAUCAGUACAUUCGGCUUUUACAAUGGUGACAGUUCUGGUACCUAUCUCCUGAAAAACAGUUUGUGCACAGUGGAGUUAUGCUAUGAGCAACUUAAACAGUCGGUCCAGGCCACUAUCAUGGGUGUGUUUGUUACACCCAAACAGGAAUCAUUGCCUUUUCCAUAUGGUGGCCGAGUUAUUUGCUCUUCACUGCCUCAGGAUGGUAAUGAAGAUAUCGCUGGGCUUCCAUCUAGGGAAGUCUUGCUGCUUGAUUCGGAAGGUGGAAGAAUGUCUCUGACUAGUAAUGGCUACCUUAGUCUGGCAAUAUGUGUAGUUUCUGUGGAGUUAAAAGGAAAGCUGCAAGUCCUCAUAAUGGCUGAAUCACCAUCACAAAAUGCUGAGAUUGCUGCGCAAUUCCUCUUCACACCCGAAAAAUGCAACAUAAGUAAAGGUGAAUGUUACCUCCCUGAUGGCUCUAAGGUUGAGAUUACUGUUGCUUGGUCCCUCAUUCCCUCGACGAUGCUACAGUCAGGUGACAGUCGUGAGGACAGUGGGAUGGUGACCGGACGAUAUUCAAAGGAAAGGACUGGCGGGUCCAUGUUAAGUGAGGAGGUAUGUAAGGCUGGAAUCUUAAUGCAGGAGAGUAUCCGCUGGGUCCAGGCCCGGGAGGAGAAGCCUUUGAAGGGAAGGAGUGGCGAUGUUGAAUUGUUGAGGAUUGGCAACGAAGGCAGAAUGUUGAAGACACUGAGCAAGAUUGGUGACGGGGGCAAAUUGGUCUCCAAGCAGUUCAUGGAGCCGCUGGUCAAUUUCUCAAUGUCUGUAGCCAGAUCUGUCAGAAACAUGAUUGAGGAGGAGGUAGAGACCGAGGCGGCAGGGGUGGUGCCGAUGGUCGGCUUCAAAUUACAUUUGCUCUCCAGGCAGUUUGAUGAGUUGUGGGACAACAUGGGCCAGCUAGUCUCAACAGAAGCAAAAUUUCUAGCGAUAUGCAUGCUUAUUCAUGAGCCCUUCGCAUGCUAUUGCUCCACACUGAAGUUUAUCUCUGCAGUUUUCAACCGGCUUUGUCAAUGGGUGCCAGAUUUGACAUCGGCAAUGGGAUCGAUAAGGGAACACAAGGAGAUAGAGGACGGGGAUAAGGAUAGGAAGGUUGUGAAUGAGUACGAGGAGGAGAAGAAGGCUGAGGAGUUCUAUUUCAAUGCCCACCGUGAAAACUGGGAAUUUAGUCGCAGCAACUUUGGCAGCUUUGAAGACCCAACGGUAUUGAGCCCCUUGCUCUUUACCCACUACAUACCAGGCCACACCCAACUGGGUGCUCAAGUCGGGAGGACUAUGCAGGUCUACUCUAUUAAAGUCACAGAAAUAGAAGGCUAUGCCCUUGAGUGGCCACUGAAGGUAUACGGUGUAGUCGCUGCACGAGAUGUUGUCGACUAUCGUCGCAACAUUCUCUUCCUUCGCGCUAGGGAUGACUGCCAAAUCCUCACGAGAAAGGAUUCUUUUUUGCACUUGACUGGCCCUUCUCGUGCAAUUAUGUCUGGUGGCAUAUUGGAGAACAAUGUUACUAUUGAAGUCCACCUAACACUAAAGGACACAGUGGAGUCUAAUGAUAGAACAUUGAUCAGUAAAGCCUUCGUUUAUGACGAAGAUGAUCUUGGUAGUGGUGAUGUUAUUUCUACGCGUCUUCUCCAGGGCCUUUGUUCAAUAGAGUUAUGCUGUGAGCAUCUUGAACAGUCAGUCCAAGCCACUAUCGUCGGUGCUCGUGUUGUAAAGGGCCCAUUGCGUUGUGGCAAUGGCAUCAAGGUCGCUUGCCCCGUUCUACCUGAAGGUAAAACUGAAGGCAGUGUCAAGUGCCCAUCUGGGCGUGUUUUGCUGCUUAGUUCACAAGCUGGGACAGUGCCUGUGGGUGGUUAUCUAGAUCUGUCAAGGCAAGCUGUAUCCGUAAAAUCAAGAGGAAGACUUGAAAUUCUCAUACAGGCCGGAGAAAUCAGUGGAAGUGUCGUCUUCAAAGCUGAAGACAGCAGCAUAAGUCGAGAAAGAUGUCGUCUUGGUGAUUGUGAAGUGGAGGUAACUGUUGCUUGGUCCCUCCUUGUUGAAAACCAGCAUGAUAUCUCGGUGAUGGGGUAUAUAGCGCCUUACGCAGAAGAAUUAAUUCCACCUUUACCCGUCAUGAAGCUUUAUAGAGGCCCUCGGUGAUGAUGAAGCCAUGCAUCUGAUAUCGUGUUUACUGUUCCAUCAUGAACUUGUCUGCUAAUUCAUGUACUAUGAUAUACUACCUAGAUACAUCCGUUUGAGCGACAAGUAUUUCCAGAUGGAGGGAGUACAACACUAGUAUAUGCUCGUUUUUCUUAACUAUGGUCUUGUGUGUACUAUGAUACAAGACAAAGCCUAUGUAUAUAUUGCUGUUAUGCACA